UCCACUUGUGUCUCUUGACUACACGACAAUACAACAAUGCUCCCGACAAGUUGCUUCGACUUUCCACUCCUGCGAGACGAGGUCACGACGAUAGUGCAAGAUGCAGUGCUCAGUUCGUUGGAGGGGAAAGCGUUCGACCAAGCCAAGGUCAACGACUGGAUAAACGUCAUUACGAUGUCGUGCUUGGAUGACCUCAAGAAGCUGUGCCAGAAUUUCAAGUACAUUGUCACGUGCUCCAUCAAACAAAAGCGAGGAGGGGGCUUGGACGUUGAAAGCGUUUGCUUCUGGGACGAAAAGUCGGACGGUAUGUUGUAGCUAACGUUAAAGGAUGUUGAUGAAUCGAUUCAGCUAUUGCGCAGGUGCUUGCUUUGUCACAUGGGAAAACAGCUCGAUGCAAGCGGUCAUUGCAAUCUACGGCCUUGCCAUUUAACACGACGCUUCAAGCACAAGGACCAGGCCAAAUACAGUAACGCGAAGUACAGUAAACAGUUUGCGCUUGAUUUUACCCGGACAAGGCCUGUGGUACAACUAUUCGCAUUUAAUGCGUAAAUCCAGUUAAGUGUGACUUGGUAGGAGAGUUAUCGAGAAUGCGGUUAAAAAUUGUUAUACAGAUUUAACCGGUGAUGUUGUCAACUUCAAAAUGGCGCCCCAAAGGCUCUUACGCUGGUCCAAGG